AUGCACUACCAGGCCAUUCGGAGACAGCAAGGUCAACGACUAGGUGCGGUAUCGGAAAGAUGGAAGUCGUUGCAACGCUGCGUCGAUGUCUUCAACAGGCUGAGCGAUGCUAUCCUAAUCGACGUUAUCAAAUUCAGCACACACCCCAUCGCCGUCACCACCCCUGCGGCCAACAGCUCAGAAGACAGUGCCCACCAGUGCAGCAACCGGUCGGAGCUGGCGGCGGAUACAGACUCGAAUGAGUUGGGCCAGCCUCACUGGAUGCACGCACAAUACCUUCAACCUGUCGGAGCCGAUGGAAUGGUGUCUAAUGCAUCCCCACUUGCGAUCGAGAAUGAAUUCAAGGGCUCUGCGUAUGAUCUACGACAAAUGUACGAUCAACAACAAGUCGACAUGUCUGUGUAUCGGUUCUCUCAGGCGUGGUUCGACAGCUUCGACUUGUACGGUGGUAUGGAACCUCAGCUCAACGACAUGACAAUGAAUACGCAGUUUUGA